AUGAGCAAUUGGAAAAACGUGAAUAAUUGGCAUUGGACUACCAAAAACUGUUCGAAGUGGGCCAAAGAAUAUUUGAAGGAGAAACUCGUUGACCUCGAGGCCGAACAAGAUGGUAUUGUCGUUAAGACAACGGAACUUACCGAGUGCUCGGGCGAUGCAGACUUGAACCAGAGAAAAGGGAAAUUGAUUCCAUUUAUUGAUAUGGUGAUAGAGUUGACUUGGUCUGGUGUAGCACCAGAUGACACACAAGCUGCGGGAAGGAUUCGCGUUCCGGAAUUACAGAACUUGGGAGAGGACUGUGUGUUUGAGGUUAGCGUGGAUGACGAAACUCCUGCUAAAGAACCCAUAAAAGUGGUGGUUCGCAAACAUUUGACUCCUUUGUUGAGCGAGAAAUUCAAACAAUUUGGGAAAGAUAUGGUAGAAACUCAUAGCAAAGAUGUUUAUAUCGAACCUUCUAAACUUGGAGCAUCAACUCCCCCUCGACCGGCGACUCCCAACGAGUCAUCUGGGACAUCGGCCUCUUCGACUUUUAAUUCGGGUUCUUAUUAUACAACAUCUAAAUCAACGGCAAGUACCAAGAUUGUCAAUACGACAACAAUCAAAGAUACGGUCGAGCUUCGAACCUCGGCAAACCAAAUAUACGAGACUUUACUAGAUCCGGGCCUCGUGGCUGCAUGGACGAGAUCAAGGCCUGAUAUCUUCAAGCACAUUGGAAGUUCAUUUAGUUUAUUCGAUGGAAAUAUUACUGGAACGAUUGUGGAACUUGUUCCCAAUGAGAAAAUUGUACAAACUUGGCGUCUUAAAACGUGGCCUGAAGGUCACUUCUCAACGGUCACUCUAAAAUUUGAACAAACGAGCGAUUACACAGUAGUUCAUGUCAUACAAGAGGGCGUUCCGGUUGGGGAGGAAGAAACCGUUCGUCGCAAUUGGCAGACUUAUUAUUGGAAUUCGAUUAAGAGUGUUUUCGGGUACGAAUUAAUCUCACAAAAACCUAAAAUUCCCACCAAAUCUCGUAAGACUAAGCCUAGAAAAAAAUCUAGUAAUGAGGGGGGUGGUGGUGGUUCGAAUUAUAUUCUUGUAGUGGCUUUUGUACUGACUGCUAUUGUUUUGGGGUUUGCGUUUUCAUCACGUUCUUCCUCGUAG